UAAUACAUUUACACCCAGCAUCUCCUGUGCUGACCUACGCUCCUGGGAUAGGUUCAAGAGGGACUGAAGCAACGCUAGCAACAAGACCCCACAACCCCCAGCUGUGUUCCAGGUGGUCUGAUGUGCAUUCUCCAGACAGAGGACAUAACUGCACAGCUGCAGCUCUGUCCCCAUGCUACCCUACAGGGAGAGCCAGGAGUGUUGGCAUUCCAAGGUGAGAUGCACUGCUGGAUGUCAGAGAUCCAGAUCCAAACACCCUGGAAGUCUGGAGCUGCUUGGACACACCAGCUGAGGGUCCAAGCCCACAUCUAAGUACUGCUGGCCGGAAGUUUUACAUCUUCCCUCUGAAUCAUCCAGGUUUGUGCAAGCUGGUGGCCUCUUCCACCCAGUAUUAUUUCCCAAACAGAAUCCAGCUAACUAGGAAGAGGCACAGAGAGUGCCUACAAUUUCUUGGAGUGAAGAAACAGCAUGUUACUGGAGUGUCCCAAGUCUUUGCUUCCUCCAUCUCUGCAGGUCUGGCACAUGGAGAGCCCAGAGGCACUGAAGUAUCCCACUCAAGCAGCCAAGUGUUAACAACCUCUCCAAAGUCUAAUUUGCCUUUGAUAUAGACUUAAUUGUUUGCGUCACCCACUGGGCUGGGGGAGGGCUAUAAAAGGGGCUGCAGCCAUUGUCUGAGGCAGAAGAGAGCCCAGGAGCAGCUCCCUCUCCCAGUCUUCCUCGUUCAGCACCAGUCCCAGCCUGUGCAUCAUGCAGCUGGUGGCCAGCCUGGUGUCCGUGCUGCUGCUGGUGUGGAGUGUGAGAGCCACGGCAUUGCCUGGAGAGGAGAGACUGGCCAUCCAGAGCACCAGGGAACAGAGCACAGUGCGGAAGGACGCCAUCCUGAAGAUGCUGGCGGGCCUGCUGGACAGCGUGGACGUGGGGCGCGAGGCGGCCGCCCCGGACCUGGAGGAGGAGGGCAAGCUGGAGGAGGAGCGGGCAGUGCUGGGCCGGCUCGCCCAGCUCUCACAGCGGGAGCGCAAGGCACCCUGCAAGAACUUCUUCUGGAAAACCUUCACCUCCUGCUAGUGCUGCCUGGCCUGGCCCUGCCAGUCUGCAAACACCAUCCCCGCUCCUUGUCUUCCUUGUCUCCCCCAGCUCCCCUGCUGUGCCCUCCACCCCUCAGAAUAAAGCAUGGCGCCUCGG